ACCUCACGUACGCACUCCAGACAGUUUCAGGGGUGCCUUGGUCGCAAACCAGUGCAGGGAUCAUGACUGAGAAGAGGGUUAUACCGUCCAAGCGUCAGAAGGCGUGCCAUUCGAGAUCCAAAACGGGUUGCCGUACCUGUCGUGUGCGCCGGGUGCGAUGCGAUGAGUUCCCAGGGGCAUGUAACAACUGUACCUCUACCGGUCGGAAAUGCGAGUAUGACCUUCAUCGGCUUCCUGCCAGGCGCAAUAUGGGUCUCCCACGCAUCUACCUCAGCCGCUUUCAUGGCCCAGCUUUGACCUCCGAUGAGCAAACCUGUUUCUCAUACUUCCAAUACCACACGAUCUCAGGUCUCGUGGAUUUAUUCGACUCACCUCUCUGGGAACGCUACAUUCUUCCGCAGAGCUGUGCCGAGCCUGCAGUCUGCCAUGCGGUCAUUAUGCUUAGUGCAAUCCACCAGGACGCGGAGACAAAUCGUAUGCGACUAUCGGGUAAUCGAACAGAUGACUCCCAUUUGAACUUCGCUCUAGAACAUUCCACCCGUUCCUCCGCCUUGCUGAGAAGACGAGGCGCGUCCAACGACCCACAAAAGUAUCAGGCCGUUAUCACAUGCUGUCUGCUGUUUGUGAUAGGAGAGCUAUUGCGGGGUCACUAUGGCAGAGCAGCCAUGCACCUUCACCAUGGGGUGCAACUGAUUGAAGAGGCACAGGCACAGGGACAGAUAAUAGAACCCGUCCUUGUCAACUUGUUCGACCACCUCAGUGUUACCGCCGCCUUGUAUGCCGCCGAUGGACCUACUCAGAGCAUUGACGCAGUAGAUGAGCCUGAGUGGGUAUUGAACGUAUGUCCUAUCGUUGUAAAUAGCGUCGGCGAGGCACAGAAAGCUUUCACGGCAACGCUCAAUUAUUCGAUUCUCCUGAUCGCGUACCUGAUGCGCUCAACGCAGGCCGAGAUUCUGGCAAACUAUGACGAUCUGUGGCUCAAAAGACAGAGAAUCCUUGCCCGAUACGCAGAUCUUGCGCAGGCCCUUGAUUCCUUCUGCCAGGAACGCGGCUGCAGGUUCACUCCCAAGGAAGAACGUGGAGCGCAGGUGCUUCGUCACCUCCUGCUGGUUCAAUACGUCACCCUGAAAGUAUUGUUUCCCGGAGAUUGCAGCACCAGUCAGGUGACUGCCGAAUGUGCUGCGGUACUUUCCAGCAGCCUCGCUAUCAUGGACCAAAUCUCGAGCAGCACGACCUUCACAAUGGAGCCGGUGGUGUGUCCCGGCUUGCACAUUGUGGCCACUCUAUGCCCGGAUCUCCGCUUGCGUGUACGGGCCAUCGAAGCAUUGCGUGCCUGGCCGCACAUGGAAGGGAUGAUCAAUUCCGAGGUCUGUGCCAGCAUUGCAAUUGAGGCGCUGAAGGCGGAGGUACAGAAGAUGAGGAAGGACGAAAGCUGGAUUGCUGCUGAGUAUCCCGAGGAAAGGGAUCGGUUUCUGGUGGAGGUUCUUCAAUCAAGCCAGAAGGCUGCCGAUUGGGCGCCUAUUCGCAUGUCGCAGCUAGACAUCGGUGAUGCUGUACCUUAUCAGGAGGACACUGUCGUAUUGAAUGAUAUACUCUAACUUUCAUGUCAAUAGACUAUAUGUUUAGUGAAGGGUAUUUAGACAAUACUAGUU